AUGGCAUCCACACAACAACCAAAUACUGCACCAUCCAGUACCCACGACGAUGGCCUUAAAAUUAUUCACGCUGGUCUAUACCGCACAGCCACCAAGUCUAUGACAGAGGCAUACCGUAUUCUAGGCUACAACGCUCAUCACGCUCUCGACAACGUCUGGGCAGUCCCUUGGUCAAGUCUCGAGCAGGCAGCUGAAGCGACAUGGCCUCACCUCGCUGAGCUCCCAGAGUAUACCUACAAGAGCCCAGAUGGGAGUGCGUCACCUCGGCCACCGUUUAACAGAGACGACUGGCAGAGUAUUUGGGGUCAGUACGACGUUGCUACCGAUGUCGCGUCGACCUUUGUGCCGGAACUUAUCAAAGCAUAUCCUGAUGCCAAAGUCGUCGUUGUCCAGAGGAAGUUUGAGAGUUGGUGGUCAUCGUAUAAAUCGGAGUUGUUACAAACUCUCUACAGCACCACCGCCUUUCAACGUUUUGUUGCAUGGCACAUCUUGCGCUUUCGUGCACCACAAGCCAUGAUGAAAAUCCACGCAGGUUUCUUUGGUGCCAAUGAGUACUCACUCGAAGCUGUCGAACUACGAGCAAGAGAUACAUACGAGGAGUAUUAUCGCAAAGUUCGCGAGGCUGUGCCUUUGGAGAGUGGAAGACGGCUGGAUUACAAUCUUGGAGAUGGGUGGGAACCACUAUGUGGGUUCCUUGGAAAGGACGUGCCAGUUGUGCCGUUUCCAAGAGUAAAUGAUCGCGCUGAUCACAGUGCAAUGGUAAAGAGGAAUAAUCGGAAAAUGAUGGUGGAUGCGCUGAAGGUCAUUGGACCUAUCGUUGCAGCUGCGGUCAGUGUUGUUUUCUACUACUGGAGGUGA